UCUACUCAGACCCUAAGACUGUUUACUCCAGUCCCUUUCAAGAAGGCUGGGUGAGAUUUAAGUCUCUUGGGGGCUGGAGAGGGGACACUCGCCUUCAGAGGAAGGUGUCUUGACUUGGGAGCUGGGAUCAGAAAUUGUUCCUUCUCUUUGGGAAGGUGUGGAAAUGUCCCUUGUCACGGGGGUGCUGAGAGGGUAGCUGGAACCACAGGAGACAUUUCAUACAAGCAUCUGGCUUCCUGCAGGUGAUUUAACAGGGCAAAAUGGCAAUACGGGAUAGGAAGAUGUGUGUGUGGGAGCUUUCAAAUUGGAGAAGAGAUAUGACUGUCCAUCUUGCUCUUUUCCUGUCUCUUCUCUUACAGAUUUGGAGGCUCAUCACCAACUUCCUCUUUUUUGGGCCCUUGGGAUUCAGUUUCUUUUUCAACAUGAUAUUUUUGUACAGAUAUUGCCGAAUGCUUGAGGAAGGCUCCUUUCGGGGAAGGACGGCCGACUUUGUCUUCAUGUUUCUCUUCGGGGGAUUUCUCAUGACACUCUUCUGCCUCUUCGCCAGCCUCUUUUUCCUGGGCCAGGCUUUCACCAUCAUGCUGGUGUAUGUGUGGAGCCGCCGGAACCCGUACAUCCGCAUGAACUUCUUCGGGCUCCUGAACUUCCAGGCCCCCUUCUUGCCCUGGGUCCUGAUGGGCUUCUCCCUACUGCUGGGCAAUUCCAUAAUCAUUGAUUUGUUGGGAAUUGCAGUGGGUCACAUCUAUUACUUCCUUGAAGAUGUUUUUCCCAGCCAGCCUGGAGGGAAGAAGUUGCUACUCACUCCAGGCUUCCUGAAGCUGGUGUUUGACACUCCCGAAGAGGAUCCCAACUACAACCCCCUUCCUGAGGAUCAGCCAGAGAACUGGCCAGCUGACCAGCCAGGACAGAAUCAGCAACAGCCGCCGCCUCAGUAGUGGGGAGAACCUGCUCUCCCCCACCUGGCCAAACUCUUCUUCUUGCUGGACUGAUGCUGUUCCCAAGGCAGAGGGAGUGUUGCCAUGGACCAAGGCUGCCUUGAACUGCUCUGGGCUUGAUUUUAGUCUGUAUUAAUAUCUCAUUGUUCUCUUGCGCUAGCCUGUUUGCCAAGCUGUUCUCUGGAGUAUCAUAUUUAUAGACUGAAAAGUUACAUAUGUGCAGAAGUGGUAUGUGUGUCUGUUUAAUGCCAGGGAAGUGCAUGAAGUUUCACGUUGUUCAGCUGUUGCAACAUGCCAGCCAGCCCAGUCCUAGAGCAUCACAAGGGCGCAUUGCUUCAGCUCUGCCCCUCUUCUCCUUUCCCCCUAGUCUUAUUUUUCAGUGACAGGGCUGCACCUGGCUGGGAAAGCGGCAACCUAGAACAGUCAUUACGUAGGCACUAGUCUGAGACUUAGCAAGGGCAGUGUCCCUAAGGGGAAACUAUUUCGCAUUCAGCUCUAACAGGGAAGGCAGAGUGAAUUUACCUCCAGAGAGAGAGCUCCACCACAAGGAUGAUGGGAGCCUGAAUGCUGCAUGGAGAGGAAAUAUGUCCCCUUGAUGCUGGACAAACUCAGGGUGAUGCAGGAUCCGUAAAGACACAAAGGGCCUUAUUGGUGUAAGUCACAGGGUUGUUUCAGGCUGUGCCCCCAGGUUCUAACAGUGCUUACAACUCAAUCUUUGAGGCUCUGUUCAGUGGCUCACCUGUUAAGUCACUACAUUUAAAUAACAAGGCUUGCCCCUGUACAGCCUAGCAAUACGUUUUAGGCUGUAUCUACAGUCAAAGUUACACUGUGUAAAAAGCCAAUUGCACUAAACCUGUGUAAAUGCCUGUGAACUAUAUCUAAAAUUGAAACCCAUUUAACUAAGGCUCCAUGCACAAUUGCACCCGUUUAACUAAUACAAACAGUUUAUAUUAGAAGAGCACCAGUGACCUUGGAAUCAGAGUGGGGUGAGUAACUAUCACUGUUAGCAGAAGCCAAACAGUAGGAGCCUGAAGGGAAAGGAAGCUCAAUGAUCAGCCAUAAACUUUAUUCUCUGCUGCUUGCAUCAAGUGUUACUGUAAGCAGAGGCUGAAGACUUCUCCCCACGAAGCAAGCAUAGCCUUAGCACCCACACAAUGAAAAAUUGAGUGCUACCGAGCCCCAUUCAUGGUGAGGAGGGGGUCACAAGGAAAUUUACUCAUUUAAAUUCUAAGCUUAGUUGCAUAGCAGUCAAGCUUUUGACAGUAGGAAAUUGUUGGAAUAACCUACUGGUAAAAGGGAAAUAGCACUUGGGCAGCAUAGCUGGUUAGUGGAGGGGUUAAGACAGCAGUGACAGAGCAGCUGAAUCUGAAGUCCAUAGCUUUUGGUAACUCCCUGACAUCUGAAUUUUAUAUCUUCCCUCUCACAGCCUAGUGCCCCCCCCAUCAGAAACCUGUUCACUUUCAAACUGCCAUGGUGCAAGGUGCAGCAUGACAAUACUCAGGCUAAAAGGAGAUUUCUGACAAUGCUAGAAGUGCGGGUGGACAAGGAUGAAGAGGUUUUACAGCCUCCUUUAGUACAAGAGCCAUGACAUCAGUGUCGGAUUAUACAAUCUUCCCUGCUUGCUACGUUUUCUCUCGGUUUUCCUGGGGAAGGAGUGCAAGUUCUAGCAAAGCAGCCAACCAGCUUGCCUUUGUUGCCAGGUAAAUAAAAAAACCCCAAAAG